UUUUACAACUAAUCCCAACCUAGCUUUAUGACUCCAAAAGUCAAUCAAGGCAAACCCACCAAUAAAAAAAAACACAAACCUUCCACUUACCCACCUCCACCACUACUACACAAACUUCCAAACUUCAAUGCCUCCCUUUUAGCCUCUCCUCCACCAGCUUUACCAUAAUGGGCGUUCUUCACCUCCUCUUUCCUUCCAUACUUUUUCUGCUCUUCAUAUCUUCAACUUUGGCCUCUUCUCAAGAUCAGCUGAAGGAUAAGAUUCUGAGGUUGCCAGGCCAGCCACCGAACGUUAGCUUCUCCCAAUUCGCCGGCCACAUCACCGUCGAUCCUCCGGCGGGGCGGGCACUCUUCUAUUGGUUCGUCGAGGCUCCGAAAGAAGCCCGGCCCAAGUCGAGACCGCUGGUUCUGUGGCUCAAUGGUGGGCCGGGCUGCUCUUCCAUUGCGUACGGAGCUUCUGAGGAGGUAGGGCCCUUUCGAGUCCGGCCAGAUGGCAGAAGUCUCGAUCUAAAUCCCUAUGCCUGGAAUAGAGUGGCGAAUUUGCUGUUUCUGGAUUCUCCUGCUGGCGUGGGAUUCUCUUAUUCAAACACCUCAUCGGAUUUGUAUGAGGUUGGUGACAAUAGGACAGCAAAAGAUGCAUAUAAGUUCCUAACUAGCUGGCUAGAGAGGUUCCCUCAGUACAAGAAGAGACCUUUCUACAUCGCAGGAGAAAGCUACGCAGGGCACUACAUUCCUGAGCUGUCCCAGAUCAUAGUCCAAAAGAACAGGAGAUCAGUCAACAAAACGACUCCCACCAUCAAUUUCCAAGGUUUCUUGUUAGGGAACCCACUGAUCGACGACUACCACGACAACGUCGGGAGCCACGAGUACUGGUGGAACCACGGCCUCAUCUCCGACCAAACCUACAAACAGCUCCAGACGUAUUGUCCCAACCAAUCGUUCCUGUUCCCGAGGGGACAGUGCAACUCUGCACAGAACGCGGCGUUCACCGAGUUCGGUAACAUCAAUCCUUACAGCAUCUACAGCCCUCCGUGCCAAGCUCUCGGCUCUACCCAGCAUCAUCAUCAUUCCCAGCUGCACCUGCCGUGGAAGUUUAGGGGAAACGACGAGUGUGUAACGAAAUACACAAAAGUGUACAUGAAUCGCCCUGAUGUUCAGAAGGCUCUCCAUGCAAAACAGACCAGAAAUACUACUCCCAAUCCUUGGACUACUUGCAGCUCUGUGAUUAGGAGGGAGUGGAAGGAUUCCCCAAAAUCGGUGCUUCCCAUCUUCAAACAACUCAUCAAAGCUAAGAUCAGAGUAUGGGUUUUCAGCGGUGAUGCAGAUGCGAUCUUGCCCGUGACGGCGACUCGAUACUCCAUCGGAGCACUGAAUCUUCGAACCAUAAAAAACUGGUCGGCUUGGUACGACAAUGAGAAGCAGGUGGGAGGAUGGAGCCAAGAGUACGAAGGGUUGACGCUUCUGACGGUGAGAGGAGCAGGGCACGAAGUUCCUCUCACUCGCCCUAAGCUUGCUCUCUUGCUCUUCACGCAGUUCCUAAGAAACCAGUCCAUGCCCAAUAGUGACGAUUAACCUAUCGAUGGGGGAAGAGGGUGCCUGCCUGCCUGCCUUCAUGUUAUACUGCUAUUUAUUGAUUGAUUGUUUACUGUAUACGUACGUGUAGACAAGUUAAUUAAGAGGAGUUGAUAUUAAUCUCGUUGCUCUUAAUUAUAUAUUGCUACUUCCAUUUGAUCAUUUGCUGUAAGAAGGCACAUCCAGCAUUCUGAUCAUAAGUUGUUUACGAAGUCGAUCUCUCUCUCUUGUGUCAUCUGUCAUACUCCAUUCUAUUUCUACUCGAUUGUUUGAUUACGGAAGAUCUCAUUUAUUAUAAUUUGAAUCCAAUCCAUACGGUAAAAAAAAAAUCCAGCUAAUUCAUUCCACUUAAUUAAAAUCCAAUUGAAUUCAUGGAUUGUUGAAAAUUAUGUUUUAGUACCUAUUAUUUUAAUGUUUUACAAUGUGAUGCCUAAAUUUUACCUUUUUAUUAAAAUUUAAGUUUUGGUACCUAAAAUUUUUCUAAGGACAUUUUAGCACCUAAAAUUUCUGUAAUUUUCAAAAUGAAUCAACGUUUGGUACCAAUUGAAUCAAUGAAUCCACCAAUCCAUUAAAUCCAAUCAAUAAACCCACCAAUCAACCAAUCUAAUUCAUUUGCCGCCUUUAGUUGCAAUGCACGCAUAAGAAAUGUUAAAUCCCCUAAUCCGACACAUUCUUCGGAUAUGAUUAAACACAUGCAUCUUGCAUAAACACAUGCUUACAAAGGAUGUAACCUGGAUAUACAUAUAGAGAGUUAGAAUGUUGAUUACAACCAAGUUAAUUACAGUAGGGAUGAUGACAAUCAAAUCCAUGUGAUCGCAGGUGCUCAACUGUCCCCGAUCAAGUCAACACGGAGAAUUUGGCAUUGGGCGGGUGUUGGACGGGGUGGAUAAUACCCGUAAAAUGUUUGAUGGGUAUGGGGUGAGUAUGGUUUUAACCUCCCCUGAAUUCAUACUAAUACCCAUAUAUAUGCAUCCCACCCAAAUCAAAACCUACUUCAUUUCCUUCAAUCUUAAGGAUUAAUGAAUGUUUUAGGAUCAA